AUGCUCGCCGCGCUGGACCGGGCUCGGCGGGCGGCGCGGGGAGGAGCGGGCAGGGGGAGGGCCGAGGGCGGGCGCGGGGCGGGGGCGGGGGCGGCGGGCGGGCCGCGGGCGUGUCUCGGGGGGCCCCGCGCCGCCGCGCGUGGGGACGGCGCGAGGGUCCUCGCGUCCGUCCGGCGAGGGCGUCUGCGGGCGGGGGCCGCGGGCCGCGCUACCGGGGCGAUUGCGGGAGCCGCGGCGCCCGCGCGAUUGGUCCCCGCGGGGUCAUGUGCCCGCCCCUCUGACGUCAAUGGCGGCAACGGCGCGGCCGCCGCGGCUUCGGCCGCUCGCGGGCGGAGUCGGCGGGCCCGGGCGGGGACGGGCUGGGGGCGGCCGCGGCCCGACGGCAGGGGCGGCCCCUGGGGAGGGGGCCGGGGCGGGCGCGCCCCGACCGGCCAGACCCGCCCCGCCCGGAAUGUGGGGGAGUGGGCGGGGGCCGCGGGGGCGGGGCGCGUGACGUCACGGCAGCCGCGCCCCCGCCGGUGCCCAGGCGGGAGCCGGGGCCGGAGGGGUCGCGGCGGCUGCGGAGACGGCCGGGUGGUGACUGUGGGCCCGGGCCCUGGGCUGGGCAGCUGGGGAGGGGCUGGGCCGCGCCGCGGGACCCCCGACGCCCCUGCGUGGGCUAGCGGCGCCAGAAGACAGUGCGAUGUCCUCGAAUUGAGACUGUGCCCCGCAGCGCCCGGCCGUGGGCCCUGGCUUCGGGGGUGGGGGCGGGCUCCCAGACUUGCUUCUGCCCCUAGAAACAGAACCCCCUUGAGGAGCCCCGAUAACAAAGCGUCACCCCCGCCCCAAAGCUUCCCAGCCGCCCCUCCCCCAACCUCCCGCCCCGGACCCCGGACCCCGGACCCCGCGCCAGCCCAGGACUGGACUCUGCGAGAUGAACCACAGUUCGCCGACGCCAACCUGGACGCGAGCGAGCGACCACCAGGGCCACCGGGCAGCUUCCUCACCCCCGCACGCCCCCGCGGCGGGCCCCCUGCAGGAUUAGAUGAAGACGGGGACAGGAGCUGCAGGGAGGAGGAAUGGUCCACACAAAGGCACAGACUUGGUAGGACGCUUGACCUGCCAGGUGAAUUGCACUCUGGGGGGGUCCAGAGCAGCGGGGAGCUGUCGUGUGGUCUGUGCAUGGUGGUGACUUCCACAUGGCAUCUUGGAAGGAGAAGUAAAUAUAAAGAGAUCAUGAUGGGGCAGGAAAUCCCCUACCAGGAGAGCCAGACACCCAUUUUAAACAGCUUUGACGUGGAAUGA